AUGACAGAAGUAUGUGUACCAGGAGCUACAGGUUUUUUUCAUACUUGUGGAUAAUUUAGUUAGUGUGAAUUUAAUAAUGCAACAUUAAUAUAUUCAUGUUAACAUGAUUCUCCAUUUACACCAAAAGCUGGCAUAAUUAUCUCAUAUAUAAUCACACCAAUAUUGAUUGGAGUUGGUAUUUUAGGAGGAAUGGGAGGUAUAAGUCCAUUAAUUUUUUUAGGUGGAGUAUUGAAAGGACCUCUUUUAGAAAUGAUUCUCAAUUAUUCUUAGGGUGAUGCAACUCACAUUUCAUAUUGUCUUAUGUUUGGAGGUACACUUCUCAAUACAGUACUAUUAAUGUUUGAAAAGUAUUCGAAUUAAUAAUUUUAGAAAUCCAGAUGAUUAAAGAAGACCAAUCAUAAAUUACAGAAUUGCAAUCAUCUUUAAUCUUGCUGUUCCAUUUGCAACCAAUCUUGGUUCAUCAUUAUCCUCAUUUCUACCAUAAUUAUACACUCUAAUUCUAUAAGAGUUAUUUUUAUUUGCAGUAGCUCCAAUUCUUUGGUAAAAAGGUAUUAUAUAGAAUAAUUCUGUAAAAUAGCUAAGAAUGCUAAAGAAGCAGAACUUAAAAUUAGUGAUGACUCAUAAAAAGAUAGAACAACUAAUUUAAAUGAUUCAAAUCUUAAUCCUAAAAUAGAGCUAUAAAAUGUGGAAGGAGAAUAAUAAAAUUAUGAAAUUUAAGAUAAUAAAAAAACAUCUAUAAUUUCUAAUUUAAAUAAUAAUGAAUCUUUAUAUUCGUAAUUUAAAUAAGAAUCAGAAAAUAUAAUACCACCUAUGCCUAUUCUCUUUAUUUUAGGCUCAUUUGGAUUAAAUUAAGUAAUCAACAUUUUAUAGACUUUAGAUUUUUAUAUAAAUGAGAUCUACUAAUCCAUAAAAACCUUCUUAUGUUGGAAUAGAAGAUUGCACUUGGAAAAAUGAUUUUAUGAUUUUCGUACUAAUAGUUGCAAAUGUUUUAUNUUCUAAAAUUUUUAAAUGA